AUGACUGCACUGGAUAACAAGGACACCUUCUUUGGUCUCAGAAUGCGCAAAAGACGAACGAGACUCGCUAUUAUAUUCAGUGUGUUUAUUAUAUUGGCGUAUUUUGAUCCUUUGAAGAGAGGGGUGGACGAGGAAGCUGAAAAGAGUAGUUUGGGGAUUACGAGUACACCUAAGGGAGAGUUGAGUGCAGAGACGAAGGCGCAGACGAUGGUAAAAUCGGAUAAACCACCACUCGCGACGAGCCUUCGUGAUACACACGACAACUCACAGUCUUCUGACGCUAUUAUAUCCUCGCAAUUCAUUUUCCCAGUGGGAACAUACCCUUCGUCGCACUCGGCGACUAUCAUCGCGCUUGAUAACGAAGAAGAAGAAGAAGAAGGCGGUCGUUAUCGAUUGCUCGCUUCGUGGUUUGCAGGUACAGAAGAGAACGCACCGGAUGUUGCAAUCUACACUUCGACGUAUGAUUCGAGAACGAGCUCUUGGCAGUCGAUUCCGGACGUUGCCGUGAGUGCCUUUCGCCCGGACGAUAGCUCGUGCGCGGUCAUCUCUGGGGGCGAAGGCUGCAAGUUACGAGAAAACUCGCUUUGGAAUCCAGUUUUGGUAAAAGAAAAUGAAAACAACCACGUUGCGUUGUUUUAUAAAGCCGGGAAACAUCCUUCGAUUUGGGAAGGCUACGUAAAACGCUCCAAGGAUGAUGGAAAAACGUGGGAACAACAAGCUGAGAAGUUGCCGAGGAACAUUAUCGGUCCGGCGAAAAACAAAAUACUAGAAGUCAACGAUAGAUUAUGGCUAGCGCCGUCUUCCAGAGAGGCAAACGCAAAGGAUGGAUCGCGAAAUUGGAAACUGAUCGUCGAACGGUCUCGUGACGGCGGGAAAUCGUGGGAUCCAGAGGAAAAUGUAGAAGUGCCGUUUGAUGGGAAUGCAAUUCAACCGUCGAUGUGGCGAGGCGACGAUGGGUAUUUGCGGAUGGUAGCGAGAACCGCAACGGAUUAUGACGAGAAUGGGCGGCGCGCAGACCAGGUGAAAGUCAAGAAGCAGACGUUUAUUCGAGGUAAAAAGUAUAUUAUUUAUAGCAAAUCGUUAGAUAAGGAAGGAGAGAAAUGGAUGAAAGCGAAACCGACGUCGUUGCCCGGCCCGAACAGCGGCAUCGACGCGGUCAAAUUAAGAGACGGUCGCGUCGUGAUUAUUUAUAAUCAUUCUUGGGGACUGAAAAGUCUCGGAAGAGGUAAAUUAAACGUAGCUAUAUCGCACGACGACGGUCUCACGUGGACGCCGAGUUCAACCGUUGUUCUGGAAAGCUUUGACGACGGCGCGAUAUCGGAUGUAAACGUAGAUAAAAAGAAUCAAAAGAAACCGAUCGAAAUGAGUUAUCCGGCUGUUAUUCAGGAUCCCAAAACAGAUUUGAUUCACAUCGUCUAUACUUACGACAGACAAACGAUUAAGCACGUGGUUAUCAAUCCGAAUAGAUUGUAG